AAAGAAGCAGAAAAAGGGAUGAUGGGAUAUGAGAAAGGAUAUUCUUCAAGGAAGACCAAUGAAGAGGCAAAGAUUGUAUGGCGAAACUCCAUAAUGCGCAUAAUUAGCAAUCUUAUAUACAAAAGCCAACACACUGAAAGCAUCAUAAAAACAUUUCAAGAAAGUUUGUUGAGUCUUGAAAUGAAGCCAGAGCAAGAGUUGGAAAAUGUAGACUUGGUUGGUCAUAUUAACAAAGAGGCUACUGAAACUUACACAAAUGCGGAACCGAUAUUAGAUCCACCAUGUGUGAAGUCGAAAGGACUGAACUACACAAGAGAAAAAAGACACUUUGAAAAGCGUAAGCCAAAAUAAAUAAAAAAGGUCAUCGAGAAAAAAGUCUCUAUCAAAUACCAUGCAUGAACAAAUGACUCUCGAAAGGAAUGCACAGUAUCCAACAUUGCAACAAUAUGCAAGGAAUGCACAGUAUCCAGCAUUUCCAUCUCUUGCGCCUCAAGCUAGUGGAGUUGGAAAUUUUGCAACUUCAAAUCCUUCGG